CGUUAUGAGGACGCUCUGAGCAAACUGGCCCAGCUGAUGGGCGAGAGUGACCCUGACCUGCUGGUGGAGAAAUACCUGGAGCUGGAGGAACGCAACUUUGCUGAGUUUAACUUCAUCAAUGAGCAGAACUCCGAGCUGCACCACCUUCAGGAAGAGAUUAAAGAGAUGCAGGAAGCCUUGGUCGCCGAGCAUGCCAGUCAGGACACCCGGCGCACCCAGCAAGAGCAGCAGUGUGAAGUGUUGCAGCAGGAUGUGAACAAGGUGCACUCCGAGUCCGAAGAGCUGGAGGCACGCUUCCAGACUCGCCGAGCUCAGCUGGAGAAGCUGAAGGCUGACAUCCAGCUCCUCUUCGACAAGGCUCAGUGUGACAGCAGUGUCAUCAAGGAUCUCCUUGGGGUCAAGACCUACAUUCGGGACAGGGACCUGGGCCUCUUCCUGAGUACCAUCGAGAAGCGGCUGGUGCAGCUCCUCGUAGUGCAAGCUUUCCUGGAGGUCCAGAACCAUAUCCCUUUGACUGAUGCUGCUCUUCUGGCGCUGGGCCAGAACCAAGAGGACCCUCCAAAGAAGACUACCCCAAUCCAGCCUCCUGACAACCUGGAGGACUCCCCAGGUUUUGUGGUCAAAGAGGACUACCCUAUGAGCAAGGAGGAGCUGCUGAGUCAAGUCGUGAAAUCGGUGGAGCUCCAGGAACUGGAGGAGCCCCCAAGGAAGCUGGACAGCAGCCCAAGCUUGACUUUCUCCAAUACUCAGAUGACCCUGUCAGGCCCCUCCCUGGGGAUACCCCGGAGGACAAGCACAGUCCCUGAAUCCAUUCUGAGCCACAAGACGAGAGGCCGCGGUACCGGCUCCGUAAGCCACGUCACCUUUGGUGACUCUGGCUCGGCCGCAGGCCCCGUGACCUUGGCUUCUGCCAGCGCCAGCGGAGCGCUGGGGUCCAGGGGCUCCGUGUCGGGCCGUGGGGGCUACAGACACAGCAGCUCCAGCAGCUACCUGGGAUCCACCGGCUACCUGGAGACCAGCCGAGGCCGCGAGAGCAUAGGAGGUGGUAUGCAGAGCCAAAGCAUGGGAUCGGAGUUGAGUAGGGGCUCCAGCAGCGGCCAGGCAUCCAGUGCCCUCCCUGCCUCCAGGCCAAGCUCCUCUACCAGCAAGGACUCGAGGGGCCUCAACUAGGGCUGCAGGUCCCUUCCUGCCUCAGGUCUUGACAGCUCUUCUCAUCUGUGCCUCCUUUUCCGCAGAGACUCUCCAAUCCCUCUACGCCCAGGCCUCUUGAGUUCCCCCCAUCUCUUCCCACCUCCCGCUCACUGUUAGGCCCCGUGUCUUGGCUUGGACUCUGUUGUCCCCCCUUCCUCCAUGCUUCCCGUCUCUACCCCCUAAACUCUUUCCCAAGCUUCCCUGCAUCUGAUGCCUCUGUCUCCUAACUGGACUCCCCUCUAUUGACUAGGUGAAUUGUAACAAUAGGAAAUAAAGGUCAGAGCCCAGCCUUUUCCCCAGACUGCCUGGUGUGUUCAGACACGGCUUCAUCUGUUUCCAGCGCAGGGAAAAAUAUUUGUGAGCCUGUUCCUGGAUCUGCCUAUUCCUGUAUCCACCUAUCGCUGCACCCAGCCACCCAGCCACCCAGCCAUCCAUCUUCUGCCUUUUCCCUGUUUCUGGCUCUGCUGGAAUCUGUAUCAGUUCAGACAGGCUGUGUUAGCUGCAGCAGCCAGCAGCCCCGGCGUCUGGCUCCACUAUUCUUGCUUCUUUGUGGGCGUCCCUCCCUCCAAAUGGGCGAAAACAACCUGCACUUCAAGGGAGAUGGUGAGAAUAAAGCACCUUGAUUCAUGGGAA